AUGUCGCGUAUUAACUCAUCAUCAAUAGCAUUGGCAGAGGCCAUUAGUGGGUACUGUGCACUGUUCUUGGCAUUAAUGCUGGUUUUAAGCUGCUGCGAGUCGAGCGAUGGAGAAUAUUAUACAGUGCAGCAGAUGCAGAAGGAUCAUGUGGAGAGGCCAUGCGAUGAAAUUUAUGUUGUAAGAGAAGGGGAGACUUUGAACACUAUAAGUGAAAAGUGUGGUGAUCCUUAUAUCGUCGAGGAGAAUCCACAUAUUCAAGAUCCCGAUGAUGUUUUUCCAGGUUUGGUCAUCAAGAUUACCCCUUUCAAGGAUAGGCAGAGGUCUUAA